UAAUGCAAAAAGAUCCUCUGAUGGAGAGCUGCCUUUAUUUGUCAAAAAUUAGCAGUAACCACCAGGCCGGUAAAAAGGAGCCUGGGACUCAUAUUGGGAUGGGCUUUCAUUUGAAGUUUUACGGUAUAAGGAAAAAAAAAAAGGGGAGAGAAAAGUUUAAGCGGCAAAAAAGAGAGAGAGAAAUGAAACUGAAACUUAUCUCUUCAGAAGAAUAUUUUCUCUCCAGGAGUCAGAGUUUCUUCUUCGUCUUGACUUUGACAGAAAAACCCUAAAAGAUACUCAGAAAUGUCUGCCGCCAGCUGCAUGCUAUCUGAGGAGCAGUUUCUGUGCUCCAUCUGUCUGGAUGUGUUCACUGAUCCAGUCUCCAUACCAUGUGGACACAACUUCUGCAAGAGCUGCGUCACUCAUCACUGGGAUGUUAAUGACCAGUGUCAGUGUCCGUUGUGUUCAAAGGUUUUUAACAGUAGACCUGAGCUUCACGUCAACACGUUCAUAUCAGAGAUGGCUGCUCAGUUCAGACAGUCGGCUGUGAAGAAAAGCAGCAGAAUGUCUCUGAAGAAAAACACCAACUCUGGAGAAGUUCUGUGUGACGCCUGCACUGAAUCCAAACUGAAGGCUUUAAAGUCCUGCCUGAUGUGUCUGACCUCCUACUGUGAGACUCACCUGGAGCCUCAUCACAGAAUCUCAGGCCUGAAGAGACACGAGCUGAUCGAUCCUGUGGAGAACCUGGAGGACAGAAUCUGUAAAAGUCACGGCAGACCUCUGGAGAUGUUCUGCAAGACGGAUCAGAGGUGUGUUUGUCAGUUCUGCACUGAGUCGGAACACAAGCAACAUGUCUUUGUUCCCAUGAUGGAAGCGUACAAGGUAAAGAGGGACAAACUGGUGAAGUUAGACACCGAAAUUCAGCAGACGAUUCAGGAGAGACAUCUGAAGAUUCAGGAGAUGAAGGAUUCAGUGGAGCUCAGCAGGGCAGAUACUGACCGGGAGAAAUUAUACAGCGUGCAGGUCUUCACAGCUCUGAUCCGGUCUGUCGAGGAAGGCCUGGCUCAGCUUCUUGACUUACUUGAGGAGAAGCAGAAAACAACAAAGGAGAAGGCUGAAGGCUUCAUCAAAGAGCUGGAAGAUGAAAUCUCUGAGCUGAUGAAGAGAAACACUGAAGUGGAGCAGCUCUUAAGCACUGAAGACCACCUCCAGUUCCUCCAAAACCUCCCAUCCCUGAACCCUGAUCACCCACCCACUAAAGACUGGACGAAGGUCAGAGUUCACUCAUCGUAUGAGGGGAUGGUGAGGAGCGCUGUGGCUAAGCUGGAGAAGAAACUCAGUGAAGAAGUGAAGAAGCAGCUUGAGCUGAGGAGGAUCCAGCAGUAUGCAGUGGACGUCACUCUGGAUCCUGAUACUGCAUAUCCAUUUCUCAUUCUGUCGGAUGACGGGAAACAAGUAUAUUAUGGUAAAAAACAGAAUCUCCCAGACAACCCAGAGAGGUUUUCUAUGACAGCUUGUGUUUUGGGAAAGCAGAUUAUUUCUGCAGGAAAGUUUUAUUUUGAGGUUGAGGUUAAAAAUAAAAGUAAAUGGGAUUUAGGAGUGGCCCGAGGAUCAAUUAACAGGAAGGAAACAAUCUCAGCAAGACUAGAGACAGGCCCUUGGAUUCUGAGGUUGAUGAAUGGAGGUGAUUACAAAGCUGUCGGCGGCGUUCUCCUCUCUCUGAAGUGGAAGCCUCAGAAGGUGGGCGUGUUUGUGGAUUACAAGGAGGGUGUGGUCUCUUUCUAUGAUGUAGAUGCAGCAGCUCUCAUCUACUCGUACACCGGCUGUAACUUCACUGAGAAACUCUUCCCCAUCUUUGGUCCCUGUUCAGAUGACCGUGCCCCUCUGAUCAUCACUCCUGUGAGCCAAACACAGUAAAUAAAUCAUUAAAUGAUCUCAGUGUGAGAUAAGCUUUGUGUUGGUGGUGAAGCAGAGAGCACCAUUAAAACACCUGCCCAUAGAUGAUGUAUUGAUUUGAGAUCUAGUGAAUCCAACUAAAUUAAAGAUUGUGUCAGGACUACGUGAUUGUGACGGCCCUAUGACCUUUACUGAGAGCACCUGGGUCCGAUGCUCACAGUCACUAUAAAACCUGCCACCAUAGUCUACUUAGAGAGACGGAUUUUUUUUAAGGCAAUGGCCACAUGUGACUUCCUGUGCUUCUGCAGCCAGCCUCUAGUGGACACUCGAGGAACUGCAGGAUUUUACUCUUCAGCAUCGGCCUAAUUUUUACACCCUGGAGGUUGCUGCUUUGUUCACACCUUAUUUUGUUUUAUUGGCCUAGUUCUUCUAAUUUGGUUUGUAAACUUUAUAUUUCUUUGUUGGGUCAAAUAAAAAUCCACCUUUUCUUUAAAAUGAA